ACUCAACAAUAGAGAGAGAAAGAGUUGUUAGCUAGCUCACACGCUUUCGCUUAAAACUCAAAAACCUGCACUUUCUCGUCUAUUUUCUCGGCAUUCGCAAAACAGAAAAGUGGGUUUCUCUCCGAGAAAAUUACCCUAAAUUUAACCCAAAAAAAAUCUUGAAAAUUUUCUUCCUUUUCUUUCUCUAAUCUUCGAUGGAUUCUAGAGAAAUCCACCAACAGCAACAGCAACAUCAACAACAACAACAGCAGCAGCAGCUACAACCACCGCCUGGGAUACUAAUGAGUGCCUACAAUCGAAACCCUAACGCCGCCGCGUUAAUGGGUCCCACCUCCACAUCUCAGGCGAUGCACCACCGAUUACCGUUCGGCUCUCUCUCGCCGCAUCAGCCUCAACACCAUCAGCAGCAACAACAACAUCCUCAUCACCAUCAUCAUCAUCCUCAGCCGCAGCAACAAAUGGACCAGAAAACUCUCGAAUCUCUCGGAUUCGAAGGAUCGCCUUCCUCCGUCGCGGCCCAGCAACAGUCGAUGCGAUUCGGGAUCGAGCAACAGCAGCAACAACAGGCGAAGAAGAAACGAGGAAGGCCUAGGAAGUAUGCUCCUGAUGGCAACAUUGGUCUUGCUUUGGCUCCGACAUCGCCUCUUCCUUCAGCUUCUAAUUCGUACGGCGGCGGAACAGACGGCGGUGGAGGAGGAGGUGGAGAUAGCGGCGGUGGAGGAGCUAAUGCGAACUCUUCCGAUCCACCUGCUAAACGGAACAGAGGUCGUCCUCCUGGCUCCGGCAAGAAGCAGCUCGACGCUUUAGGAGGAACAGGAGGAGUAGGGUUUACACCUCAUGUCAUUGAGGUCAAGACUGGAGAGGACAUUGCUAUGAAGGUAAUGGCGUUUACGAAUCAAGGACCACGCGCGAUCUGUAUUCUAUCAGCUACAGGAGCUGUAUCUAGUGUGGUGCUUCGUCAAGCUAAUAAUCCUAAUGGAAUGGUUAAGUGUGAGGGCCCAUAUGAAAUCAUUUCUAUGUCAGGUUCUUUCUUGAAUUCUGAGAGUAAUGGUACUGUGACCAAAAGUGGUACCUUGAGCGUGUCUCUGGCUAGACCCGAUGGCCAGAUCGUAGGUGGUUGUGUUGCUGGAAUGCUAGUAGCUGGAUCACAAGUCCAGGUCGUUGUUGGUAGCUUUGUACCAGAUGGGAAGAAACAGAAACAAAGCGUGGGGCGUGUUCAGAGUACUCCCGAGCCAGCUUCAGCACCAGCCAAUAUGUUGAGCUUUGGUGGUGGUGGUGGUGGUCAAGGACCAGGAAGCCCUCGGUCUCAGGGACAGCAACAUUCGAGCGAGUCAUCAGAGGAAAACGAAAGUAACUCUCCGUUGCACCGUGGAAGCAACAACAACAACAACAAUCACAACAGUCACGGACUAUUUGGAAACUCUACACCACAACAGCUUCACCAAAUGCCUAUGCAGAUGUACCAUCAUCUUUGGCCUGGUCACAAUCCUCAAUAAUCAGAUGGUUCGUGGGUCGUCGAGCUCACCGUGUUUACUUCUCUGUUUCUUUUUACACAUCUCUUCCGUCAGAAUUAUCCAUAAGUAGAUUGAGCUUUCUUACUCUCUCGUCUUGUUCUUCUUCUUCUUCCUACUUCUCUUUAAUUUAGCUUUGGUUUUAGAUAAAUAGAGAGAGAGAGAUGUUAAGUAGGGUUUCAAUUCUUCUUUUUUAGUUUGUUUCUUAGUUUCUUUUGAUUGUGAUGAUCAUAAAGACUUCUCUUUUUUCUUCUCAUAUAAUCAACGAAUGAUCCACUUUAGUUUCAAAGUGACUAAUUUUCUUAA